AUGAGCCUCACAAGUCCGACGUUGACCUGCGAAUCGCCCGUUCGCCUUGCCAGAGACGGAGAGGUCGCGCCGAAACUACUCGGCCCCAGUCGCGCUGGUGCUGCCGAGGCACCCCAUAGCAUCCCCAUAACCUCGGCCAGUGCUAGUGGGCGGUGCCCCGGACUUCAUGACCAAUUUGGGCGCAAGACUUGUCAACGACUUGGCUUGGGUCUGCGUGUCAAAAGAUCCAAUCGUCGGCCCCUUCUUUCUCACCAUCCUUUCCGCUGUCCAAAGACGACGAGCCAGUUUGUCAUCUGUUUGGUGUUUUCUUUCCCCCUUCGUCUGGCUUUACUGAUUUUCCUCCCCUGCACCGUCUUCGUUCCUCAACACAACACCGCAGCCAUGGCCCCUCAAACCGCAGACCAGAUCAUCGCCGACCUCAGCGCGCCGCCGCCGGUGGGUGCUCCUCACGCUGUCCCGAUUCCCGGCUCCGAGCGUCCCAACCGCACCCCCGUCUACCGCCACUGGCGCUUCCGCGACCAGCCUCUCCUGACCAAGCUCGAGCCCGAGGUCGAGUCCGUCCACGACCUCCUCGAGCUUGCGAUCAAGAAAUAUGGCCCCAGGAAGGCGCUCGGCGUGCGCAAGUGGAAUCCCGCCACGCAGGAGCACGAGAACAAGUUCGAUUGGAUGACAUACGGCGAGAUGGGCGAGCGCCGCAAGAAUCUCGGUGCUGGUAUUGUCGAUGUCGUUCAGCAGGCCGGUUACACCAACAGCAAAUACGGCGUUGGCAUCUGGUCCCCCAACACCCCAGAGUGGCAUCUGGUCGAUAUGGCUUGUACCUCGCAGAGCCUCUUCAGUGUUUCGCUCUACGAGACGCUCGGCCCCGACACCACCGAGUACAUCAUUAACCACGCUGAGCUCCCCGUCGUUGCUUGCUCGGCCAACCACAUUCCUGUUCUUAUCAAGCUUGCUUCCCGUGUGCCCACCCUGAAGAUCAUCGUCUCGCUGGACCCCUUGGACAAGGGCGAGCACAAGGACAAGAACCCCGGCAACAUCCUGAGAGAUAUUGCCGCUCAAGCCGGCCUCAAGCUGUACGAGAUUCAGCAGCUCGAGGAGAUUGGCCUUCAGAGCGGUCGCGGCUUCCGCCCCCCGACUUGGAAUGACCUCACCACCAUCAAUUACACCUCCGGUACUACCGGUCCUCCCAAGGGCGUCGUCAUGCACCAGGGCAAUGCGGUUGCGGCCAUCAACGGUGCCCGCUCCAUGGGCAACGUCCAGGCCAACGACAUCCACAUGUCGUACCUGCCGCUCGCCCAUAUUUACGGCCGCAUGAUCGACCAGCUUGCGCUUGUUUCUGGCGCUGCUGUCGGCUUCUUCCGUGGUGAUGUUCUUGGCCUCGUUGACGAUCUGAAGCUCCUGAAGCCCACGUCCUUCCCUUCGGUGCCGCGACUUUUCAACCGAUUCAACUCGGCCAUCAAGGCCGCCACCGUCGAGGCCCCCGGCUUCAAGGGCGCUCUGUCCAGACACGUGAUCGACGUCAAGAAGGGCUACAUGCGCCAGCCUCCCGGCAGCACCACCAACACCCACUUCUUCUACGAUAGACUAUGGACGAAGAAGGUUCGCGCCGCUGUCGGUCUCGACAAUGCCCGCUCCAUGAUCAGCGGCAGUGCCCAGCUCGACCCCGACGUGCAGGAGUUCCUCGGUGCCGCCUUUGGCAACGAGUUCCGCCAGGGAUACGGCAUGACUGAGACGUAUGCCGGUGCUACCGUGCAGCUGAGCCGCGAUUACUCUGCCGGCAACCUGGGACCUCCUCUCCCUUGCGUGGAGCUCUGCCUCGAGUCCGUCCCCGACUACAACUACAGCGUCGAUGACAAGCCCAACCCCCGUGGUGAGGUGCUCAUGCGCGGCCCUACCAUGUUCCAGGGUUACCACAAGAACGACGAGGAGAACAAGAAGGUCCUCGAGGCGGACGGCUGGUUCCACUCCGGCGAUAUUGGUGAGAUUGACAGUCUCGGCCGUCUCCGCAUCAUCGACCGCAAGAAGAACGUCCUCAAGCUCGCGCAGGCCUACGUGCACGGCGACUCCAAGGAAUCCACUCUCGUCGCCAUCUUCGGUGUCGACCCCGAGAACUUCCCUCCCUUUGCCAGCAAGGCUCUUGGCAGAACCGUUCCUGCCGGUGACAACACUGCCAUCAACGCCGCUGCCAGCGAACCCAAGGUCAAGGAGGCUGUCCUCAAGGUGCUCGACAAGAUUGGCCGCAGCCACAAGUUCAACAACUGGGAGCGUGUCCGCAACGUUCACCUCGUCAUCGACCCCUUUACCCCCGACAACGGCCUGUUGACCCCUACUCUCAAGCUCAAGCGCCCGCAAGCCGCCAAGGCUUUCCGCACUGAAAUUGAUCGCUUGUAUGCGGAGAUCAAGGCCACGGAGGAACCCAGCAAGUUCAAGCUGUAA